GAACAAUCAGGCCCAGAUUCAAUUGAGUGCAUGUCAUCAAGAUAGCCGAUUCUUUUAUUCAAGCUUUGUUUCAACCUUUUUCUAACCUCAUAUCUGUUCCACCUGUCCAGUCCCACCAUGCCUCCUAAUUAUGGGAGAGCGAUUGGCGACCCCAGCGACGACGACUAUGUUGCGCAAGUGCUCGCAAAUGAAGCGCGGGACAGCUCUAUUAAAUAUUCUACGGAGGGAUUAGGGGCAUAUGUGCCCAAAAGGCCUACAGGAGCUGCGCCCAAGCCAAAUACUCGUUUCCUACGUCAUAUUAUCAAAGAAACCGACAGUCACAAUGCAGCAUUGAAGCGAAAGGAAGAAAGCGAGGCAAGGGAACGAAUGCGACAAUUACGGGAACAGGCUGCUUCAUCCUCGUCACACGAUGCUCGAAGACACGUAUCCGACGAUCGGGAACCUAAGAGAGAUAGAAGGGAAUGUCGCGAAGAUAGACAUCGGUCGCACCGAAGAAGACAUAGAAGUCGCUCGGCAUCUACGGAUAGAGGUUCCUCCAGGAAACACCGGCGAAAGCACGAGGAUUAUGACACAGAUGAGGACCGCCAUCGAUCUUCCAGGAGGGACCGUCGACGCGACGAUAAGCGUAGCCACCGGAGGCGUCGCCGAUCAUAUUCCAGAUCACGAAGUCGUUCCCCGCGAGACGAACGGAAAUAUGAGUCCCGCAGGAGCAGGAAUUACAAGGAGCAGGAUACACGCAGUGACCAUCGCAGCUCCCGUGAGCACCGUUCUUCUCGCCGACACACGCCACCUAAAGAAGCUUCCCCGCCUCGUGCAACUCUACAAAAUCCACAAUCGGAAGACGAAUCGGACCCUCUCGAAGACCUCGUCGGACCACUACCACCCAGGGAAGAUGGUCGGGAUAGGGCACUUCUUACUCGUGGUCGAGGCGCUUACAAACCGAAUCUAAGCAAUAUUGACGCACAUUUUGCCCCGGAUUAUGAUCCUACCCUCGACAUCCAACAGGAAGAUGGUGAUACGCACACUGGGAAUAGAUCUACCCGUCGGCCCGUCCCAGGUCUCAUGGCUGAAGAUGAUGACUGGGAACUUGCCCUGGAGGCGGUCCGUGACCGUGCCCGUUGGCGACAAAAGGGCGAGGAGAGACUACGUCAGGCGGGCUUCAACCAAGAUACUGUAGACCGAUGGAAGAGUAACCCGGCCUUUGCCGCACCUGGUGACACGGAGGGCAGACCGGAGGAUGUGAAAUGGUCAAAGAAAGGGGAGGGUCGUGAAUGGGAUCGAGGAAAAUUCCUUGAUGAUGACGGUCAUAUUGAUGUUAAGGCAGCUUGGUAGUAUCUAAAUUAACUGGAUUGCUGGUCAUCCAGAUAUACAUGGCAUGAAUUAUGACGACAGUAAUAUAGAAUGUUGAUAUAUAUUUCAGUUUACAGAUGUUUCAAUAGCUGAACGAUCAAUUUUAUCGUAUAAUACACGAAGCAGAG